CCGUGUUAUACCCAAAACAAUUAAACAAGCCCGCUUUUACAAGGAUACCGCUCAAAGGGUGCCAUUCAUAGGGGGUGCCGUUGACAACCCUCCGAACUUACUCCCCCCCUCCAUUUGCUCAAAUACCUCGAGCGUAUUUUGACCGUCGGCCGAAGGAGACACAAAGGAAACGGAGAGACUUCUAGUUGCAUAAGUAACUUGACUGAGAUCUAUCCGACUUUAUGAGCUGUUGUGCUGCAUACCUGUGUUAACCUCAAGCACGCUACGCAGGUUUGGCAGACAGGUAGCAAGCCUCCCCUGGGCUUCGGGAACGGCCAAAUAGAAAGAUAGGUGGUAACCCCUGGACCUGGACCUGGACCCGGCCCCCGUUACUUCGGACCAUCCAUCAGCUUUCCCUCGACUUACAUAUUACUGGGAGAACCGAGAAUAAUAAUAACACCAUUGAGCCGCCGGUCUCGCCGUGGAAACUUCUCUUUGCUUUUCUUUUCACGCUACUCCCGACCCCUACGCAAAUCACCAUCUGUAUUAUAGAUCUUUAGCGGCGACCGAAUCUGCAAUUCAACCUUAGACAAUGGAUUUCUCGCAUACCUUUUACGGUGGAGCUCAUCCCUAUCACUUUAUCGGAAUUCCUCCCUUGACCCCAUCCCAUUCCAACUCAGCCGCAUCAGACGAGUUCAACAACCACUCUCCACAUGAUGUUUACGAUGGAUUCCAGAACAAUGAGCAAUUCCAACAGAACUUCGAGUCCUUUGCCAAUUUCAAUCACCAGCCUCAGGCCUUCCCAGGUCCUCCGGGCCCUCCGACACCACCAAACCAAUCCAUGCACGGUCAGAAUGGCCAGGGCCAAUCUCAAGUAAACGGUUCAGAGAAGAACAGCCAAGUCGAUAUACUACCGAUGGCUAAGCCGGAUCCCGACGGUAGCAGACAGACGGCGUCUAAUUCGGACGAGGAUGACCUGACACCUGCCCAAUCCCGUCGGAAGGCGCAAAAUCGGGCCGCUCAGCGCGCAUUCCGAGAACGCAAGGAGCGUCAUGUCAAAGACCUCGAGGCAAAGCUGGCCAAUCUAGAAGCGCAGCAGCACCAGACGGCUAGCGAAAACGAAAAGUUGAAGCGUGAUCUGCAGAAGAUGAGCACCGAGAAUGAAAUCCUGCGCGCUACGUCUAGUGUCCAAGCUCAGAACGGCUCCUUGUCGCCGCAACCCGCGACGACUACGGGACCCAUGCAGUAUAACCCCACGGAGUUCUACUCGGACCUCCUUCAGAACCAUGCCAACAAGACCCCAAGCCACCGCAUAGUGGAAUCUGGUGGCGAACGCCUCUUAGCUGCCGGCGCUACGUGGGACUACAUUAUCAACCACGAACUGUUUAAGAAAGGUCUGGUAGAUGUUGGCGAUGUGAGCCUGCGUCUCAAGUCUCAGGCCAAGUGUGAUGGACAAGGCCCGGUCUUCGAGGAGCGCGUCGUUCUCCAGGCUAUCGUGGAAAGCGUCGCUAGCGGUAGUGAUGAGCUGUUAUGAGUAACUACGUUUAUCUAGCUGGUUCUCCGGGAGUUUGAUAGGCGGAAAAGGCUUGGCCGAGAUAGUGACACGGUUCGACAUAUGGGAGAGAUGUGCUACCUUCGAAUACACGAAGAAGUAGCCGAAAGUCGUGAUCACAUUCGGGGCUUCACCCAAUUGUAUCUCAGUCUUAUUGAGAUGACGGGUUUUACGUUUGACGAAGGAAUGGAAGCAACUGUUGUUGGAUAUUUUUGGUCGGGUUUAUUUGCAUCGAAGUUGGAUUAUACGUUUUUGCGGAAUCGAUGUGAACGCCACUUGCUCUUGCCGACAUUCGAAAAUGUAGGUAAAGAGAGUCAAUGAGCGGGUGUCAUGAAGAAGCGGCUUAAGGCAAAGGGAAGGAUGUAUGUGGAAUGAUUUACGGGAACAGCAAACCUCAAACAUGGAUGGGGCGUUUCUGGUUCGAAAGGUACACUAUAUGGAGGUGCUUUUAUUUUUAUUUUUUCCCCCUCAAACAAAAACAGGAUAUCAACUAAAGGAUAGGGCACUGACGGGGUGCUGGAAGCUUUACAACUAUCUAUAAGUAUCGAUCUAUCGUGGCUUUUGGGUUAUUUUUGUGCAUUGAGAAGGGAUAUGGACUUUUUGCUACUUGGUUCUUUCUAUUGUCACGGAAAUUGGGCUUGGAGAUGUUUGUACUUAGGUAUGGCUUUGAAUUCGAGAAAUCUACAAAA